UUCCGCCCACUGACAACAAUGAUGUGACGCUAUUUUUCCCAUUGACAACAAUGAUGGGGCGCUAUUCCUCCCAUUGACACCAAUGAUAGGGCACUAUUCCUCCCACUGACACCAAUGAUGGGGCACUAUUCCUCCCACUGACACCAAUGAUGGGGCACGGCACUAUUCCUCCCACUGACAACAACUGUGGGGCACUAUUCCUUCCACUGACACCAAUGAUUGGGCACUAUUCCUCCCACACUGAUGCCAAUGAUGGGGCACUAUUCCUCUCACUGACACCAGUGAUGGGCACUAUUACUCUCACUGACACCAAUGAUACUUACAUUGCUGACCCCUGCUCCAGCCCGGGCUCCCUCCCUCUCCUAUCCACAGCCAGCAUACCCUGCUCUACC